ACUCUCUCUCUCUCCACCAACCUCUCGCCACCACCUUCACACUUCCACGUGCUUUUGCAGAAAUUGACACGGUACAGUGCGUAUGUAUAUCUACUACCUAUCGUAGUUUAAGUUCUUUCUCCUGUGCCAAGAUUCUUUGAGAAUUUCUUGUUCUAUCUCAUCUCAACUAUGUGUUCUUAGUUUGAAUCCUUUUGGGUUUUUCUAUUUUCGCAUUUCCCCUUCUGUUACAAAUUCAAUGGAUAUUUCUCUAAAGCUUCUCAAUCUGGGUUUUCUCUUGGUAUUAUUGACAUGGGUUUUGGUUGAUUUAUUGAGGUGGAGGAGACAAUUAGUUGAGGAAGUAAUCGAUAAGAGAAGAAGAUUUACAAUUUUCACCAUAAUAACUGUUGUAUUGAAUGUGGCUAUCACCUUAUGUUAUAUAGGAAUCUGUAUUCAAGAAUUUCUUAGCCAUAGCAACAUUAGUGUUGCAUCUAUUGGGUCUGGACUUACGUGGGUUUUGGCUAGUAUUAUCACUUUCUAUUCAAAGAAUAGAAAUAGGGUUCCUUUAGUUCUAAUCAUCUGGUGGGUCUUCUCUUGCAUUAGCAACUUAAGUUUGAUUUUCAUCAAAUUCCUUCCAAAAUACAUGUCAAUCCAGAUUCCCCAUUAUAUUCCAGUGGCAAACUUUGCAGAUAUGGCGUCCUCCCCUCUAUUGAUUCUUCUUUGUUCAAUAUCUCUUUCUAGAACAACAAACAGUAGAUAUAAUAAUCUUGAAACCCCAUUACUCGUUGAAGAAGAUGAAAUAGUAACCGGUGGUUUCUCUACUGCUGGAUUUUGGAGCCAAGUUACAUUUUCAUGGCUCAACCCAUUAUUUGAGAAUGGAAGGAAUCAAAAGAUAGAACUAACCCAUAUACCCUCAGUUCCUGAAUCUGAAACUGCUUCCAUGGCUGCCUCUUUACUCGAGGAAUCACUCAGAAAACAGAAAACCAGAUCUUCAUCAUUGUCGGAAGCUAUAUUUCAUGGAAUCCGAAGAUCACUAGCUAUUAAUGCGGCAUUUGCAGGGAUCAGUACGAUAUCAGCAUACGUGGGUCCCCUGUUGAUCACAAGCUUCGUCAACUUCCUAUCGGAAAACCAUGAAAGUUCAGGGUAUCGUCAUGGAUUGAUGAUAGCAGCUGUCUUCUUGUUUUCCAAGACGGUCGAGUCGCUAUCUCAGAGACAUUGGUACUUCGGCGCUCAACGAAUCGGAGUUAGCGUUCGCGCGGCUCUAAUGGCGUUAAUUUACAAGAAAUCUUUGUCUAUUAAGUAUGGAGGAGUGAGCAAUGGGAGAGUGAUAAACUAUGUUUCGCUCGACGUUGAGAGGAUCGGUGACUUCUGUUGGAACGUUCAUGGAGUCUGGUUGCUUCCAUUUCAGCUAACUUUAGCAUUGAUCAUACUGUAUGUGAAUCUUGGUUUAGCACCUUCUCUUGCAGCUUUGUUAGCAACUAUAGUUAUAAUGGUUAGUAAUACACCUUUAGCUAGCAAACAAGAGAGACUCCAUGAAAAGAUCAUGGAAGCUAAGGAUGUAAGGAUAAAAGCAACUUCAGAGAUUUUAAAAAACAUCAGGGUAUUGAAAUUGCACGCUUGGGAGCAGAAUUUCUUGAAGAAACUGCUGAAACUAAGGGAAAACGAGCGUCGUUCAUUGAAGAACUAUCUUUAUACAUCCUCUGCCGUCGUGACCCUCUUCUGGACGUCGCCGACUGUUAUUUCGGUUUUCACUUUCGGCGUUUGUAUCUUAUUGAAGACCCCUUUGACAACAGGGACAGUCCUCUCCACUCUAGCGAUUUUCAGGAUCAUUCAAGAACCCAUUUACAAUUUGCCAGAGUUAAUCUCCAUGAUCGCUCAAACGAAAGUCUCGAUCGAUAGGAUAUCGGAUUUUGUGAAGGAGGAUAGCAAGUUGAAGUCGUUAACGUACAAAACUGGUGUCUCGGUCGCGGUUGAGAUUGAAACAGGAGAUUACGCUUGGGAAGCGUUCGAGUCUUCUUUGAAGAAGCCGACGAUAAAAAUAGUUGAGAAAAUGAGGAUCUUGAAAGGUCAGAAGGUGGCGAUCUGCGGUUCGGUUGGAUCUGGAAAGACUAGCCUUGUUUAUAGUAUGCUUGGCGAAAUUCCUAAGAUUUGUGGGUCGGGGAUUAAGGUUUACGGUUCGAAGGCGUUUGUUCCACAGAGAGCUUGGUUACAAACGGGUACAGUCCGAGAGAAUAUACUCUUUGGGAAGGAGAUGGACGAGGCUUUCUACAUGGAAGUUUUGGAAGGAUGCGCUCUGAAUCGCGAUAUUGAAAUGUGGAGGGACGGUGAUUUAUGCUUGGUUGGGGAACGAGGAAUCAAUUUGAGUGGCGGGCAAAAGCAAAGGAUUCAGUUGGCCAGAGCUAUCUAUAGUAAUUCAGAUGUUUACUUUCUUGAUGAUCCUUUUAGUGCUGUUGAUGCUCAUACUGGUUCACAUCUCUUCAAGAAAUGUUUGUUUGAUCUCUUGUCUCAGAAGACCAUCAUUUAUGUUACCCAUCAAUUGGAAUUCUUGGAUGCAGCAGAUUUGGUAUUGGUGAUGAAAGAUGGGAGGAUAGAACAGGUGGGGAAAUACAGAGAUUUGAUUGUGGAUACUGACAGUGAGCUCGUCAAACAAAUGGCUGCACAUAAUAAGUCAUUGGAUCAAGUUAAUCCUCCACCUCAUUCUUCUUGUCGUGUUGAAGAAAUUGAGAAAUCGAACGAAAGUCAGAUUGAAGUUAUAGAAGAGAAACUCAAAGAAUCUAUGAAAACCGGGAGGAGUUUGGAAGACAAGAUGGAGACUGGGAGAGUAAAAUGGGAUGUUUAUUCGUCGUUUGUUACUUGUGCUUAUAAAGGAGCACUUGUACCGAUUAUGCUUCUUUGUCAAGUUAUGUUUCAGAUAUUACAAAUGUUAAGUAGCUACUGGAUAGCUUGGGGAGCCGAUGAAGAGAAGACAGGAACAAGCCGCAAGAAUUUGAUCGUUGUUUUUGUUUUACUAUCGGGUGGAAGCUCUGUUUUUAUAUUUGGGAGAGCUUUUCUGCUUUCGACGAUUGCCAUUGAAACUGGACAACGGGUUUACAGUCGCAUGAUAGAAGCUGUUUUUCGUGCACCUUUGAUGUUCUUUGAUUCCAUUCCUUCAAGCCAAAUCAUCAACAGGUCUUCAACAGAUCAGAACAUAGUGGAUACAGACAUUCCUCAUAGAUUGGCUGGACUUGCAUUUGCUUUAAUCCAGUUGAUGAGCAUUAUUGUUCUAAUGUCACAGACAUCAUGGCUUGUGUUCUUCAUGUUCAUCAUUAUCAUUGGAAUCUCAGUUUGGUAUCAGAGCUACUACAUUUCAACUGCUCGAGAAUUAGCAAGGAUGAUCGGUAUUCGAAAGGCUCCGAUUCUUCACCACUUUGCCGAAACAAUCUCGGGUUCUGCUACGAUUCGUUGUUUCAACCAGCAAGAACGAUUCUUCGAGAAGAACUUGGGAUUGGUCGAUGAUUAUUCUCGUGUUGUCUUCCAUAAUGCUGCUGCAAUGGAUUGGUUGUGUCUUCGGAUCAACUUUCUAUUUAAUCUUGUGUUCUUCCUUGUUCUUGUGAUCUUGGUUAACUUGCCCAGAUCAACCAUUGACCCAAGUUUGGCAGGACUUGUAGCUACAUAUGGGUUAAACUUAAAUGUUCUUCAGGCUUGGGUUAUAUGGAAUUUAUGCAAUGUGGAGAACAAAAUGAUAUCUGUAGAGAGGAUUAUGAAAUUCACAGAUAAUAUACCGAAUGAAGCUCCACUCGUUAUUGAAAGCUGCAAACCAGAUCCAGAAUGGCCUGCAAAUGGGAGAAUCGAAUUUGAAAAUCUCCAUUUUCGGUAUGGGCCGUCACUUCCGAGAAUUCUGAAAGGGAUAAACUGCACAUUCCCUGAAAAUAAGAAGAUCGGGAUUGUGGGAAGAACUGGAAGUGGGAAGUCUACCUUGAUUCAAGCUCUGUUCAGAGUUGUGGAGCCGUCUGAAGGACGUAUACUAAUUGAUGGAGUUGAUAUUACGAAAUUAGGAUUGCAGGAUUUACGAAACAGAUUGAGUAUAAUCCCACAGGAUCCAACUUUAUUCCAUGGAACAAUGAGGAGUAAUGUGGAUCCGUUGGAGGAAUACAAAGAUGAACAGAUUUGGGAGGUACUUGGUAAAUGUCAUUUGGCGGAUAUAGUGAAACAGGAUCCUCGGCUUCUUGAGAUGCCAGUUGCAGAAGAUGGUGAAAACUGGAGUAUGGGUCAGCGACAGUUGGUUUGUUUGGCUCGAGUUUUGUUACAGAAGAGGAAGAUUUUGGUGAUGGAUGAAGCAACUGCUUCUGUUGAUACAGCAACGGAUAAUCUUAUUCAGAAGACUAUUAGGAAAGAGACUAACGGGUGCACUGUCUUGACUGUUGCUCAUCGGAUUCCGACUGUGAUUGAUAAUGAUCUUGUUUUGGUUCUUGAUGAAGGUAAAAUAUUGGAGUUUGAUUGGCCUUAUGUGUUGCUAAAGGAUACUAGGUCUGCCUUCUCAAAGUUGGUAAUGGAGUUCUUAAGAAGAUCUUCAUCAACAACAAACAAGUAACAAAAUUGGAGAAUAGGGUUUUGACAUGCAAGUAGAGUAGAGUAGAAUGAAUAUAAUACUUAGUGAUAAAAAAAAAAUAAGUUUGAUUAGUAAUAAAAGAAUGAGAUUUGAGAAUGAUAAGAGUAGUCUAGGCUUAAUGUAGUUGUUUCAUUUGUUGUAAAAAGAAACAAUAUACAUUCCACCUACUAUUGCUCAAAAAUCAUUAAAUUACCAAU